AUGGUGAACCGCAGCGCGGACGAGGCCGGGCUGCUGGCGGGGCGCGCGCAGGGCGCGGGGACCCCGGGGGCGGUGGCGGCACUGGUGGGGGGCGUGCUGCUCAUCGGUGCUGUGCUCGCGGGGAACUCGCUCGUGUGCGUGAGCGUGGCGUCCGAGCGCGCCCUGCAGACGCCCACCAACUACUUCAUCGUGAGCCUGGCGGCCGCCGACCUCCUCCUCGCACUACUGGUGCUGCCCCUCUUCGUCUACUCCGAGGUCCAGGGCGGAGUGUGGCUGCUGAGCCCCAGCCUCUGCGAUGUGCUCAUGGCCUUGGACGUGAUGCUGUGCACCGCCUCCAUCUUCAACCUCUGCGCCAUCAGCAUCGACAGGUUCGUGGCCGUGACCGUCCCACUGAGCUACAACCGCCAGAGCCGAGGCCACCGCCAGCUGCUGCUCAUCGGCGGGCCCGGCAGCGCCCCCAGCCCGCCCCCAGAACCACAGGGGCCCGGCAACACUCCCGGCCCGCCCCUAGACCUCCAGGACCUCUGCCUGUCCCUAAACUCUCACGACCCCUGCAGCACCCGCGGCGCGCCCCUAGACCCUCAAGGCCCCUGCAGCGCCCCCGGCGCGCCCCCGCCUCCGCCUCCCCUUCAAGCCCGCAGGAGGAGGCGCGCCAAGAUUCCUGGCCGAGAGCGCAAGGCCAUGAAGGUCUUGCCCGUGGUGGUCGGGGCCUUUCUGGUGUGUUGGACGCCCUUCUUCGUGGUGCACAUCACCAGGGCACUGUGUCCUGCCUGCCCCGUGUCUGCGCGCCUGGUCAGCGCUGUCACCUGGCUGGGCUAUGUCAACAGUGCCCUCAACCCCGUCAUCUACACCGUCUUCAAUGCCGAAUUCCGGAUCGUAUUCCGAAAGGCCCUGAGCAGCUGCUGCUAA